AUGCUCCGAUGCUCCGAUUCUGGUACGAUUGGCUUCAUUACUCAUGACAAAACAAGGACUGCAACAUGUGGAAACGAUUCAAAAAACCAGUGGUGGAUGAAAACAAUAGCCAUGAACAACGGCCCCCCUCACCACUUGGAUUUCGAAGCAUCGCCGAGAAAAAACGAAUACAUGAUACAUACUCACACAUUGGAUAGUACAACACAAGCGAUGUAUUACAGAGAGAAUACAGACAACAAUUAUUAUUAUGUCUAUCAUGUUAAAACCGCUGGUGCUGAUUUGUCAAAAAAGGGAAUUGACAUCAGCGGCACAGACAAUGGAGCCAGAAACUACGAGCAGACACAGCUUGCCCAUCACGACAACAACAGCGUCGGUUUUAUCAACAAAAACAUGGACAACAACAAUUCCUACAUCUCCAAUUUUUUCAACGACAACAGUUUCGACAAUGACUACGACGACUACAACAACAUCUUCCACGAUUAA